ACUUCUUGGAGGAACUGAUGUCCUCCUUUCAAACAUCGCAGAAAAUGGCCCACCACUUGUUCUUCUUGGCGACUUCAACAUCCAGUCAGAGAAGUCAUCCGAUCUACUUAUUUUAAUUUCCUCUCUUUCUCUCUCACUUGCUCCUUCUCCACCAACUCAAAAAGCUGGCAACCACCUUGACCUAAUUUUCACCAGAAACUGCUCCACCUCUAACCUCAAGGUAACUCUACUUCAUGUCUCUGGUCAUUUCUUCAUAUCCUACUCUCUCCCACUCUCCCAAUCUGAUGAUCUCAUCUCAUCAGAUAUUGCACUUGUCCGUCUUAACAUUCGAUCUCUCUCCCCCUCCUCUCUGUCCUCAACUGUUCUAUCAGCACUUCCUUCAGCUGACUCCUUCUCCCUCAUGCAUCCCUCUCUUGUUUACAUGUUGCACAACAUCCAAAGGAUACGACCUCUUCUAACCCAGAAGGCAGCACAGGUUCUGGCCCAGCCUCUUGUCAUCUCACGCUUGGACUACUGCAACUCCCUCCUGGCUGGUCUCCCUGCGUGUUCCAUAUGACCUCUGCAACUCAUCCAGAAUGCAGCAGCUCGACUGGUCUUCAACUUACCAAAAUUCUCCCACACUACACCGCUCCUCCACUCCCUUCACUGGCUUCCUAUAGCUGUUCGCAUCCGCUUCAAGACUCGAUCCAUGCUACAAACGGAUCCGGUCCAGCCUAUUUCACCAUUCAAGUGCCACAACUGCAACAACAAUCAACUUUCUACUGAGACAGACAAACCCAACUUAAAGGGUUUUUUCGAUCAGUUUGAUCAAACCUUAAUUAUUUUGGAAGAUUAUUUGUUCUUUAUUCAAUACAUAUUUGAUACUUGCUCUGCUUUCCUUUUCCAGAUCAACGCUGAGUUUAUGCGAAUUACAACAGUUCCCUUGGAGACAAAGUUCUUGGCGCAGUUGGACAAGCACACGUCCAAACUGCUGGAUGUCAUCAGGAGCAAGGGAGGACGUGUGCAAGAACAGACCAAGAGGACCUUGCAGGUUUUAGAUGAGACUGUGGACAUCACAAUAAGAAGAGAGUGCAUCCUUAAAUCUUUGAUGAUCUACCUGGGUGAACCUGUUCAUCACCUCAUCAAAGAAUACCAGGAAAAUGAAGCUGACGAACUGGAGCAGGCAACGAUGGCUAUCGUUGUCAGUGGACAAGAGGACAUUAAAAUAGUCAUCGAUGGAAUAGAGGUCCUGAAAGAGGUGCCCACAACUGCAACGGCUGUUGCAAUGUUCUUCGGGCUCACCUACGCACUCAAACUAAAAUAUCCGAAAAAUUUGCAGCACACCCUUGAAUUUGUGCAAAAAGUCCUGAUGGAGCUUGGUGGAAAAAAUAUGUCCCCAAAAGUUCAUAGGCUGAGCACCCUGCUUUACAACCCAGAGUAG